AUGUCUGACGUCUCUCCGACGCACCCGCUCGUGCUUCUGUACGGUUUCGGCACCGCGUCGGCCCUCAUCACCGGAUACACGCUCUACUCGCGCAACCUUCGCCGGAUCAACGUCGCCACCGACAUCCCGUCGUACAUGUUUCGAAGAAGGUAUUUGUUUGGCAAGGUCACCUCCGUCGGCGACGGCGACAACUUCCACAUGUUUCACCUGCCGGGAGGACGCCUGUGUGGCUGGGGAUGGCUCCGGAAAAUUCCAGAGAUCAACACCUUCCGCAAACUGAAAAAUAGAACCAUCCACGUUCGUCUUUGCGGCGUGGACGCUCCGGAAAGAUCGCAUUUCGGCAAGCCUGCGCAGCCGUACAGCGAGGAGGCGUUGCAGUGGCUGCGCAACUACAUUCUGGGGCGAAAACUGUAUGUCAAACCGCUGAGUCUGGACCAGUACAACCGGGUGGUUGCAAAAGUGAUGGUGCUGAAAUGGAACGGGUUCCGCGACGUGAGCGAGGAGAUGAUCAAGAACGGGAUCGGCACGGUUUACGAGGCGAAGCAGGGCGUCGAGUUCGACGGCAAGGAGGCGCUCUAUCUGGCGUGGGAAAAGUACGCCAAGCGCGAGAAACGGGGCCUCUGGAAGGACAAGAACAAAAAAAGCUUCGUUAGCCCAAGAGAAUACAAACGCAUGUACAACUAA